GCUUUUCCUGAGCAGUUGCUCCAGUGCAGAAAGGAGCUAUGUUUGAAAUGAAUGCGCGGUUUUGGGAGUGUUGCGGAGGCGGUUUCCGCCGGCGAAGUGCUGAUUCCUUUCAGAUUUGUGGUUUAAUUCGAUUCGGGUAUUUUCAAGAUGGGGAAGGAUGAAGAUGAGGAGAAACUCAGUUGGGGCUGCUGGUUACGAACGGCGUUUGCUUGCAGCGGUGCAAUGAUGGCGUUUGUCUUCAAUGGGGUGACCGAAGGCCAGUCGGCUGUUCUUCUACCCCAACUGAAAGAGAAGGAGAGUUUAAUUCAUAUCACGCCAGAGGAAGAAACGUGGAUAGCCAGCUUGGGGAUCCUCCUCUCUCCGGUCUCGGCAUUGCUGAUCGGGCCAAUAACAGACGCUUUCGGGCGGAAGUUGGGGCUACUCUUCAUCCACAUCUUCAUGGGUCUGGGCUUCGCCGUCAUCGCCUGCGCAACGCAGGUCUGGCACAUCUACCUCGGCCGGUGUAUCUGUUCUUUCGCUCUCGGUCUGGAGGUCGUGUCCGUGGUCUACAUGACGGAGACCUGCGCCAAGCGGCAGCGCAGUUUCCUCCUAUCGACGAUCUCCCCUGCCUUCACUCUGGGCGUCGUCGUGGCCUACGUCAUCGGCGGCUACCUCCCCUGGAACAUCGCCUCGGCCAUCUUCGCCCUCAGCAGCUUCGUCUACUUCGUCGUCCAGCUCCUGGCCCCGGAGUCCCCGGCGUGGCUCUUCAAGCGCGGCCGGAUCGACGCCGCCGCCUGGAGCCUCCGCAAACUGGGUCGCUCCCCGUCGGGCAUCGACCACGAACUCCAACUCCUCAAACUCGCGUCCAGCGAGGAGUCCGAGAGCUUCCACCUCGGGAUAUUCCUCGACCCCACAGUCUGGAAACCCUUCCUCAUCCUCUCCCUCUUCCACCUCGUCCAGUGCGCCACCGGGAUCUACCACAUCGUCUACUACACCCUGGAUUUCGUGACCCGACUCGGGACGACCUACGAUCCUCUCACCGUCUCCAUCGUCAUCUCCGUGGUCAGGGUGAUCUCCAACUGUACGAUCGGGAUGUACUUCACCUCCUACGUGAGCCGGAGGUUCUCGACUAUCUUAUCCGCGCUUCUGAUGACCGUUUCUUCCGGCGCGGCGGGUGUCUACGAGUUCGUCUUCCGCGACGCGCCGGCGAGUGAGCGGCCCUACCAGUGGCUGCCCAUCAUCCUCCUCGUCGCGUACAUCGUCUUCGGGAUCAUCGGGGUGACUACGCUGCCGUGGAUGAUGUCCGGGGAGGUGUUUCCGCUCCGGGUCCGCGGGGCCAUGUCCGGGGCGGUGUUCGGGGUCGGCGCCGGGUCCAUGUUCGUGUUCAUCAAGAUCUACGAGGACUGUUUGGCGCUGCUCAAUAUCUGGGGGCUUCUGUUCGGCUUCGCGAUAGCUUCGUUCCUGACCGCGCUUCUGGGGAUCUUCCUCCUGCCUGAGACGUUGAACAAGACCCUCUACGAGAUCGAGCAGGGUUUCAUGCCGAAGGAGAAACGCUCGAACGGCGAGGAGUCGACUUUACCCGCGGAGGCUGUUUCCUGACCUAGGAUUGUGGUGUUUUGGACCGUGUAUGUGUGGGUCGAUGGGCCACUACCCGAGUAGCAAAGAUCGCGAUUAGUUGCGAUUUAGUGGCGUGGCGUGAAUUGCGAUCUAUAGAUCGUUAUGCCAUUUAAACCUAUGGUAAAGAAUCGAUUAUU